UGGUUUAGUGCUUGUCUAUUUUCGGCAGGGUACGGAGCUGCUGGCUCUCGCGACCAACAAACCAACUCCCUAACCCAACACAGCCAGGAAAACGGAUUUCCAAGCCCUCUGUAGCAGCAGAAAUACGACCUGUCCGCGAAUUGCAUCUGAGCGCCAGAAGCGAUAAGAAGACAGCCAGCGGCAUUGGCUCGGGCAGUUGCUCUUGAUUCUUCGACCGAAUUUGAAUCUGAGUUUGGGUUCGGCAGCAACCCACCGCUCUCUCUCUUUGGAACACAAAGGCUCGCAGAGGAGGCUCAGUGAUAAAUCUGGGUCCAACGCAGACAGGUGUCUAACCUCCACAUCUGCGAGAAUUCGCAUCGGCAUUGGCCAAAAAUAAUGUGCUAACUUUGAUUGCACCCUCCACGAGCAGACUUUGAUCAGUGCAGCACCAGCUACUUUUCAUUAGAAAUCCUAUAAACCAAAGAUUGCAAUGCCCGACACGGAGAUCAUUGUGACCAAUGCGGGUGAGCCGUCCACCAAGGCGAGCCUAAUCGUGGUGUCGAAUCGACUGCCCUUCGUACUCAUCCGGAAUGCAAAAACCCAGGAGCUGGAGCGCAGGGCCAGCGCUGGUGGCCUCGUGACUGCCGUCUGUCCGGUGGUGAUCAAGGGUAGCGGUCUCUGGGUGGGCUGGUCGGGUAUCCAUUUGGAGGACCCCAAUGAGGCCAUUCCCGAGUCCAAUCCCAAUGAUCAGACCCCCACGGCCGGCCUCAAGUCCGAUCAGGUGGUGUCCGUGAACAUCAAUGCCAAGAUCUUCGACAGUUACUACAAUGGCUGCUGCAACAAGAUCUUUUGGCCCCUGUUCCACUCGAUGCCGGGACGGGCUAACUUUGGAGGCGAGCAUUGGCACGACUACGUGACCGUCAACAAGCACUUUGCCGUGCGCACCAUCGAGGCGCUGGAAAAGUGCCUGGCCAAGAACGAGGGCAGUGACAAGAGCCCGCCCAUUGUGUGGAUCCACGACUACCACCUCAUGCUGGCCGCCAACUGGGUGCGCGAGCACGCAGAGGAGAAGAACCUGCCCUGUCGGCUGGCUUUCUUCCUGCACAUCCCCUUCCCACCGUGGGACAUCUUUCGCCUGCUGCCUUGGUCCGAUGAGAUCCUGCAGGGAAUGCUGGGCUGCGAUCUGGUGGGCUUCCACAUCCAGGACUACUGCCUCAACUUCGUGGAUUGUUGCCAGCGGAAUCUCGGUUGCCGCGUGGACAGGAACAACCUGCUCGUGGAGCACGGCGGUCGCACAGUGCGCAUCCGCCCGCUGCCCAUCGGGAUUCCAUAUGAGCGCUUCGUGAACCUGGCCACGACCGCACCCAAGGUGCUAAAGACAUCCAAGAUGCAGAUCAUCCUGGGGGUGGACCGACUGGACUACACUAAGGGCCUUGUCCAUCGCCUGAUGGCCUUCGAGGCGCUGCUGCUCAAGUAUCCGCAGCACAAGGAGAAGGUGAGCCUUUUGCAGAUCUCGGUGCCGUCGCGAACAGAUGUGAAGGAGUACCGGGAGCUGAAAGAGGAGGUGGACCAGCUGGUGGGUCGAAUCAACGGCCGGUUUACCACCGCCAACUGGGCGCCCAUUCGCUAUAUCUACGACUAUGUCAGUCAGGAUGAGUUGGCUGCGCUGUACCGGGAUGCGGCAGUGUGCCUGGUCACUCCGCUUCGCGACGGCAUGAACCUGGUGGCCAAGGAGUUUGUGGCCUGCCAGAUCAACGAGGUGCCUGGCGUCCUGGUCAUCUCACCCUUCGCAGGAGCCGGCGAGAUGAUGCACGAGGCACUGCUCUGCAAUCCGUAUGAGGUGAACGAGGCUGCCGAGGUGAUCCACCGGGCGCUGACCAUGCCAGAAGAUGAGCGCGUACUCCGGAUGGCCCGUCUGCGCCGGCGUGAGGCCGAGUGCGACGUGAGCCACUGGAUGCGUUGCUUCCUGAAGGCGGUAGGCGCUUUGGAAAUGGACGACGUGGGCACCACCAUCAUGCAGCCCGUGUCCGUGGAUGAUUUCGAUGACUACUUACUCAAAUACAUCGGCUACAACCACAAGCUGGCUCUGCUGCUGGACUACGACGGCACCCUGGCCCCCAUCGCCCCGCAUCCGGACCUGGCCACGCUCUCGCCGGAGAUCAAGAAUGUGCUGUACAAGCUGUCCAAUCACUCGGAUGUAUAUGUGGCGGUCAUCUCGGGCCGAAACGUGGACAAUGUGAAGAAGAUGGUUGGCAUCGAGGGCAUAACCUAUGCGGGCAACCAUGGCCUGGAGAUUCUCCAUCCGGACGGAAGCAAGUUCGUCCAUCCCAUGCCCAUUGAGUACGAAAAGAAGGUCAGCGAUCUGCUCAAGGCGCUGCAGGACUCUGUUUGCCGUGACGGUGCCUGGGUGGAGAACAAGGGGGCGUUGUUGACAUUCCACUACCGUGAGACGCCGAAUCACCUGCGCGGCGCGAUGGUGGACAAGGCGCGCUCCCUGAUCGAAAAGUACGGCUUCCGGGCUACUGAGGCGCAUUGCGCUCUGGAGGCCCGUCCGCCGGUGCAGUGGAACAAGGGACGCGCCUCGAUCUACAUCCUGCGCACGUCCUUUGGCGUGGACUGGAACGAGCGCAUCAAGAUUAUCUAUGUGGGCGACGAUCUAACUGACGAAGACGCCAUGGUGGCUCUCAAAGGAAUGGCGCGUACGUUCCGUGUGACAUCCUCGGACAUUGUGAAAACCGCCGCCGAUCACCGGCUGCCGUCCACAGACUCAGUGUACACGCUUCUAAAAUGGGUGGAACGACAUUUCAUGGGACGCAAGGCGCGUGCCAAUUCACUGACCUACAGGCCCACCAAGGGCGACGGUGUCCAGAUGCAGAUGUCCCUGGAGGUGGCCUCCUCGGCGAACAAUCUGGAGGUGUGAGCCCACGCCCCUAUAUAUGCAUUCGCAGCCGCGUAACUCAGAUAACUUGUAAGAUUUUUAAGAAUAAAGAAAACAGUAAAUCGUAGCUUAAACAAA